CUGCCUCGAAGGCGGGAAAGACACACGCUUAGGUCUGUCUGGUGAGGAGACGCUCCUGGAUUUGCAACUGGGCCCUCCACCAGGAGCGGUUUCCUACGAAGAGGGGCCCGAAGAGCCUUGGGUGGGAGAAAGGGGUCAUAAAUCCGCACCUGGCCGGGGAUGAGGGUCGGCGAGCACAUGCGGGCGCUGUGGCGGCGGGUUACGCGCGGGCUCCUCCGGGAGAGAAUGCGGCGGCACCGGCUCGGUCACCCCGCAGCAGGUGGAGCCCUAAGACGGGGUGUGCCCGAGGAAUACGUUCUCUCCAGGGGGCAGAUUCCAGGGGCAGGGAGUGGCUAAGAGCGAACGGCAGCCGGAGACGGCUGCGGAGGCGAGGCAGAAAAAGCCGGCAGCACUGUGGGACCGAGAGCAGAGCAGCUGCCGCGCGGCGGCUCCGGGAGGCCCUUCUGCGCCUUGAGACGGAAAUGUCAACACAGGCCUGACCAGCUCCUCUGAAGCGGCUGAAUUUCCAUGGGCUGUUGAGGCACGACACCGGAGUCCCUCAGCUUUUGGUCCUUCAGCCUUUGGGCCCAGCGCAAUGGUCAGAGACGCCAUGGCCCACCACAACAUCAGUUUCCAGCCUGAAUCCUCAAUCCCACGCUCAGAUUGCAAGGAGGAAGCAGCGGAUUGCAAGGACGAAAGUGCCAACACUGAGCCCAGCCCCUUGGACUGCGUUAUUUGCUUCACUCCUUAUGACCAGCUCUUCAAAUUGCCAAAGGAGCUGAGCUGCGGCCACGUCUUCUGCCUGGAGUGCCUGGCCCGCAUCAAUGUCUCCUCAGAAGAUGUCAAUGCCAUCACCUGCCCCAUCUGCCGGGCACCUACCACCUUGCCCUCCCGCAAGGGCCUGCCAGGCCUUCCAACCCGCUGGGACCUGCUGGAGCAGCUCACCUUGAUGCCGGUGCCCCCUGGCUCAGUACGCUUUGAUCGUCAGCGGGGUUUGCUAUACCUGCCGGGGGGAAGUAAAAGCAGGGCUCAAGUUGGGUCAAAGCUGGGGCCACCCCUCAACACAGUCAGCUUGAGUGUAGAUGUUGGGAGGCCUCCACCCCCGGGAUCAGUCCGAAGACUGGCCCUCUCGGGGUGGCCCUUCUACGUUGCUCUGGCAGUCGCUUUGCUAGUCACGAUUGCCUUGGUGGUCUGUGGCAUCUAUAUUUUUAUGAUGCCUUCUAUGUACAUUUCAGUUGGAGGACAUCCCCAAUCAAAUCACAGCUUAGGGUCUGGGGGAAACCAGUCCCACCCAGUUAGUUUUUCCCUGUCCUAACGCGAAGAGAUGGGCUUCCUGCCCUUCCAGCAUCCAUUUGUUGUGAUUGUGUCACCGGUAGUUUCAGAUUCUCCAGAAACUACCUGGCCACCUCCGGCUGCCAGGCAUAGGAGGGAUGGGAAGAUAAAGCUUA